AUGAAGGUCUCUGCCCUAGCCGCUGUUGCUGCCUUUGCAGCCGCCACUGUUGCUGGCCCCGUCCGUCCAUCUGGUGAUAAGUACUUGAUCGAGCUCGGUCCAGGAAAGACCCAAUGGGUUACCAAGGACCAGAAGCAUCAUAUGAGGGCUGCUGGACAAACCUUCAUUGAUAUCACCGAUGAAUUCGGCACCGGCUUCGUCGCUACCAAGCCUAUUGCCGCCAACUACCCCAAGAAGGCUGCCCACUCUUCCAUGGUAUCCGCUAUGAUCGCCAACCUCUCCAAGGAGAACCUCAUGCGUGACCUACAGGCCAUGACUGAGUUCAACAACCGAUACUAUGAGUCUCAGACUGGUGUUGAGUCUGCCAACUGGCUGAUGGAGCAAGUCAAGAAGGCCAUCGAUGAGUCUGGUGCCCAGGGUGCUAAGGUAGAAAAGAUUGAGAACCAAUUCAACCAAUUCAACAUCAUUGCUACCAUUCCCGGGUCAUCUGAGUCAACCGUUGUUGUUGGAGCUCACCAGGACAGUAUCAACCAGGAGGAUCCCCAGGGCGGCCGUGCCCCAGGUGCCGACGAUAAUGGAAGCGGAUCUGUUGUUGUUCUUGAGGCUCUCCGAGGUCUUUUGGGCUCCAAGGCCUUCCAGGCUGCUAACAACACCAACACUCUCGAGUUCCACUGGUAUGCUGGUGAAGAAGGUGGCCUCUUGGGCUCUAACACCGUCUUCCGCAAGUACAAAAGUGAUGGCCGUCAGGUCAAGGCUAUGCUUAACCAGGACCUUGCUGGUUUCGCUGGUCAGGGCAAGGAGCAGUUUGGCCUCAUUACCGAUAACACCAACCAGGAGCUGAACCAAUUCUGCAAGAUGAUUGUUGAGAAAUACGCCUCUAUCCCAAUCGUCGACACCGAAUGCGGAUACGCCUGUUCUGACCACGCCUCUGCCGACCGCAACGGUUUCCCAGCGUCCAUGGUUGCGGAGACUACUUUUGAGGGCUCCAACCCACACAUUCACUCCGCUGACGACACCAUUGAAUACCUUAGCUUCGACCACAUGCUCGAGCAUGCUAAGGUUGCUGUUGGCUUCAUGACCGAGCUCGGCAUGGCUUCCAACUUGUAA